GAGAAGUUCAUGAUCCAGGGUGGGGAUUUCACAAAUGGUGACGGGACGGGCGGUGUGAGCAUCUAUGGCGAGAAGUUCGCCGACGAGGACCUUACAGGCAAGCACGACCGCCCCUUCCUUCUCUCGAUGGCCAACGCCGGGCCCAACACCAACGGCUCCCAAUUCUUCAUCACCACCGUACCCACGCCCCAUUUGGACGGCAAGCACGUCGUCUUCGGCCGUGUGCUCGCGGGCAAGGACGUGGUUAGGCAGAUUGAGAAGACGCAGAAGGGCGCCAAUGACAAGCCCGUCAAGGCCAUCACGAUUGAGAGUGCCGGAGAGCUGCAGAGGAGUGAAGAGGAGAAUGGGUGGGGAAUUGAAGCUGAUGCGUCGGGUGACAAGUACGAAGAGUUCCCUGAGGACAGGGAGACGGAGAAUGUCGAGGAGAGCCCGGAAAUUGCUCUGCGCAUUUCGCAAGAGCUCAAGUCCAUGGGCGGCACCCUCUUUGCCUCUGGCUCCUACGGCCCUGCCCUUGCCAAAUUCACAAAAUCGCUCCGCUACCUCAACGUCCACCCCGUCCUACCCGACACGCACGACAGCAAAGCCAAGCCAGAGUUCGCCAGAGAGUACACGCAGUUGAAGGCGGCCUUGUACCUCAACUCGGCGCUCUGUGCUCUCAAGAUGGCGGAGGCGGCUGCCGGUGACGUUAAGAAGGAAGGCGCGCAAGGCGAGGCAAAGGCUCAUGCCCGCCAGGCAGAGGACAGUGCGAGUAGCGCCAUCUCCGUCGUAGAGUCAUACCACGUCCCUGGGUCUGCCACUUCAUCGAAGGACGACGCCGACCUGGCAAAAGCGUACUACCGUCGAGCUCUCGCUCGCUCACGUCUGAAUGACUUUGAAGGGGCAGGCAGUGAUCUGACCGACGCUGCGAGGGUGCAGCCUAACGAUGCCGGUAUCAAGAGGGAGAAGGUCAAGUUGGAGGAGGCAAAGAAGGCGCAGAAGGAGAGGCAGAGGAGGCAGUACGCCAAGAUGUUCGGGUGAGCUCGGGUUUGGGUGAGACAGAGGGUGACAAAUGAGGGAGCCAGGUGUCGAGUCUAAUAGAAGCGAGCAAAAAUCAAUCUCUUACAUCACACGCC